UACAGAGUAUAACAGUUCUUACAGCCUCGGGGUGAAUCUUGGAUUGAAAAGAAUGUUGAGAGAAGAGCGACCAUCCAGUAAGAUAGUGACAAUAGCAGGUUUCUCCGUAAUAAAGGAGAGAAAUGAACCCUACGAAUCAUCUGUUUUUGAGGCUGUUGGUUACAAAUGGAGAAUGAUUUUGUACGUGACUGGUAAUAAAAAAGACGGAGGCAAUAAUUAUAUAUCACUUUACGUGAAGAUCGAAGAUACAAAGUUACUUCCCAAAGGUUGGGAAGUCAAUGUUGAUCUCAAACUCUUUGUGGAGAAUAAGAAGAAACAGAAGUACUUAACUGUUACAGAUGGAAAAGUGAAAAAAUUCAAUGAAGCGAAAAAAGAGUGGGGAUUUGGAAAAUUCAUUCAUCUUCCAACAUUUUGCAACACAAACGAAGGUUACAUUCUGCAUGACAGUUGUUCUUUUGGUGCUGAGAUCUUCGUCGUAAAGCCGGCCGAAAAACAAGAAAAAGUCACAUUCAUAUCAAACCCUCCAAUCACGGACGGAAGCAUAUGCGAAGUGAUCGAGAUGCCUGGGAACAACUCCAGAUUCACCUGGAAGAUAAUGAUGUUUUCCUCCUUCAAUGGUAAACAGCACUCGUCGCAUGAGUUCACCGUUGGACCACGGAAAUGGAAUCUAGUGAUGUACCCAAGAGGAGACGGCAUCGGGGAAGGAAACUCUUUUUCGUUCUAUUUGAAUGCAUCCGACUACAUGACAAACGGUCCAAAGACAAAAACAAUGGCCAUUUAUAAACUACGAAUAUACGACCAACUCAAACGCAAUCACUAUGAGAUUAAGGACGAACAUUUGUUUCUCGAUGAUAGCACGGUGGGGCAACCCCUGUUGUUGCCACUAGAGGAACUCAACAACAUUUCGAGGGGAUUUCUGGUAGACGAUGAGAUAUAUCUCGGUGUUGAGUUCUUUCGUAUCUCCAACAACUGAGUAUCUCUGAUUCACAUUAAUCAGCUCGAUCAAAAAGACAAGAGUAAAUACCUCUUGAGGAACUUAUCUAGCUAAUGUUUAAUAAUUUGCAUGUCAUGGUGUGUGUUUAAAUAUCUUGCAAGUUCAUACCAAAAGAAAAACUUUAUAAAAAAAAAUAAUUUUCAUACAUAAAAAAUAAAAUAAAAGGUGACGGAUCAAAUCGGUUGAUUGUAUUGUGUAUGUCAGGAUAACAUUCAACCGAGUCCGUUGCAUGUAUCUCUAUCGAGAAAGCUGCUUGUGUAUGUGUACUUUUCCUGUUUGUAAAUAUCUCGAUAUAUUU